CGUACUAAACAUUCACCAAGGCUUCCUGUAGGCACUGGAGUUUGUCCUUUCGCUGCUGGCUCAGUUCUCAUCUCGCUUGACUUCCAGCAGCCGGCUGCGAGCCCAUCUCCGGCCCGGCAGCAGCCCCGCUGCGGGGAAGGACGCGGGUGGGGAGGCGCGCACCGCGGGCAGCCGCCCCGAGCCCUCCGCACACGCCCACCGGGCGCGGAGCACCUGCGGCUUCCGCGCCCGACGCGCAGCGAGCGCCUUUGCCGCGGGCGGGUGUCGGCCGGAGAGCUCCCCGGGCCGGCGCGCAAGUUGCGCGGGUUCCCCGGCGGCUCGCCCGCUCCCCGCCCCGCUCCCCAAUCCCUCCUCCCCUCCCGCAGCCACCACCCACCCGCGGUCCCGCGGAGCGGCGCGGAGCCCCCCGCGGCAUGGCGGGGCGGGCGGGCGCGCUGUGGCUGUGCGCGGCGGCGGUGCUGGGCGCGGCGGCGGAGCUGCGGCUGACCCUGCUGCACACCAACGACGUGCACGGGCGGGUGGAGGCGCACGGCGCAGGGACGCGGAGCUGCGCGGCCGCGGAGGGGACGGCGGGCUGCUUCGGCGGCGUGGCGCGGCGGGCGGCGCGGGUGGCGGCGGAGCGGGCCGCGCAUCGCAACGUGCUGCUGCUGGACGCCGGGGACCAGUACCAGGGCACGGUGUGGUUCUCCCGCUUCAAGGGCUGGGAGGCGGUCCACUUCAUGAACCUCCUGCGCUACGAUGCCAUGGCUUUGGGGAACCAUGAGUUUGAUGAAGGUGUGAGCGGAUUAUUGGAUCCUCUUCUUAAAAAUGCUAAUUUUACAAUCCUGAGUGCAAACAUUAAGGGGAAAACCCCAUUAGCAAAUGAAAUGAUGAAAUAUGUUAAUCCUUUUAAAAUAGUACAUUUUGACUCAGAAUUAGUAGGAAUUGUUGGCUACACUACAAAGGAAACUUCUUUUCUUUCACAGCCAGGGGAUGAUAUCAUCUUUGAAGAUGAAAUUGAAGCAUUGCAAGUGCAAGUGAAUGAACUUACUGCUAUGGGAGUGAACAAAAUAAUUGCACUAGGACACUCUGGGUUUACUGUGGACAAAAAUAUUGCUCAAAAGGUGAAAGGAGUGGAUGUUGUAAUUGGAGGACAUACAAACACAUUUCUCUAUACAGGCACCCCACCCUCUACUGAACAGCCCGCUGGCCCGUAUCCGUUCAUGGUUGACUCAGAUGAUGGGAGGAAGGUGCCAGUUGUACAAGCUUAUGCUUAUGGAAAAUAUCUCGGUUACUUAAAUGUUACAUUUGACAAGAAAGGAAAUGUAGUUGAAGCAGUUGGAAACCCCAUUCUGCUGGACAGCAGUGUUCCUGAAGAUGAGCACAUCAAAGAAGAAGUGGAAAAAUGGAGGAAAAACCUGGGGAAUUAUUCUAAAGAGAUUGGAAAAACUAGUGUUUACCUGAAUGGUACAAGCCAAGCGUGCCGUUUCCAAGAGUGCAACAUGGGAAAUUUGCUUUGUGAUGCUGUGCUUUAUGAGAAUGUCGGACGUCCAGAUAAAAAGUCAUGGAACCAUGUUUCAGUGUGCAUCCUGAACGGAGGUGGGAUACGGUCAGCCAUUGAUGAACAGAGCACGAAUGGUAGCAUUACUGUGGAAGAUUUGCUGUCUGUUUUGCCAUUUGGAGGUCGUUUUGAUUUGGUAAGGUUAAAAGGCUCCACUCUGAAAGAAGCUUUUGAGCACAGUGUGCACAGGUACGGAAGAGGAAGCGGCGAGCUGCUGCAGGUUGGAGGCAUCCACGUGGUCUACGAUCUCUCCAGAGCCCCAGGAAGCAGAGUCGUCAGCUUAGAAGUGCUUUGCACAGCCUGCCGAGUCCCGGCCUAUGUCCCACUCCAGAUGGAUGAAAUAUACAACGUGACUCUGCCAUCCUAUAUGUUAUUUGGAGGAGAUGGCUAUCGUAUGCUGAAAGACAAGAAUCUGGGAUACAGUAAAGGUGAACCUGAUAUUGAGGUUAUUUCACGUUACCUCCAGAGAAUGAAGAGAGUUUACCCAGCAGUUGAAGGUCGAAUAAAGUUUUCUUCUGGAAGUCUUACUGAAGCAAGCCUCGCCCUGAUUUUUGUAUUGUUCACUGUAACAUUCCUGCAUACCUGAUUUUGUGUUUUUGUUUGGAGGAAGGCAAGAGGAAAGAUACUGCUGAUGAAAGAAAACAGUUCUUAAAAUGAAUGACUGGUGAUGGUGCUGCACGUCAACCGUAAACAGCACGAGCAAUUGUCUUUAACCUGGUAGAGUCAUUGAAGCACACCCCGCAGAGUGAGGGGGCAGAGUUCAUGACUUCCCUCCGAUUGAAUCAGCAGAUACCCACAGUUCACUUGGAGGUUUCAAAAAGCAAAGUUUCAGUGAGUACUAAUGCUCCAUCAUAAAACCACUGACCGAAACAGGGUAUUUUUAACUAGUCACAUUCUUCUACCUGCUUUAGAUAGUGACUCAAUUAAGAAUCUGAUUCCAGCCACAUAAACAAGCUUCUAGAAAUUAGUUUACUACAGGUGUAUAUACCUUUCUUUGAUCUCCACUCAGGUUUAAAGCUUUCAAUCUAGUAAGGCUACUUUGCUUCCAGUCGUAUUUAUCAUACCUAUACCAGUGCCUGAAGCAGCUGGAUUAAACUCAGUGUCAUUAAAAGCAUGAGACCCAUUAAAGAAAGUUUUUCCAUUUUACUUUUGAAGAUGCAACGUCUCACUUAUGUCUUCCAUUAAUAAAGGAAAGGAUGCAAUGAAAGCUUGAUUUGAUUUUGAUUAAUUUUAACAAAUUGAGUAUAUGUACUUCACUAUUCAGUAUGACCACUUUGGGGACUGUACCUAGAGUGAGAACAUAAUCUAUGAUUAGGUUUCAUCUUUAUACGCUCAAUUUUACACCUUCUCCCAAAGACCAAAGCCCAGGACUCCUGACCAUUACUCUCUAUGAGCAACGUUCAGGGAAAAUGUCGCAUACGUGCAUAGACUCCUGCAGCAGCAUUUGGAAAUCUCCCAGUAAUGGGGCUUUCUACACCAUAAUCUGGCUUUAUCAUAACUGUGAUCACACCUCGAAAGCCUGUCUAUUCUGUGGGGAGGCCAUGUUUAAAAAAUACACAGUUCUGAGACAGAGGCUAAUGAGUAUAAAAUCAGAAAUCCGCUUAAAUGCCAAGUCUACAUUUCUGGCACUUUAUCAGGAAGUAAUUGCUUAUAAAUGAGUGCAAAUUAUGAUUAUUUUUCUAAGAUCGUUCACAUUUGGAAUUUUGACAUCAGUGUGUUUCCAUGUUGUUUAUUGCUGUAUUAAACUAAUUAUCAGUGUUUUGAAUAAACCUGCUUUGUUUUUCUGGAAAGCUCACUACACACU